AUGACAGCUACACCAGCAUGCACCCUGUUACUCUUACUCGCCGUGGGCUGUUUCCAUAACACAGCCCGGGUCUUUUCCCUGCAGCCCUGUGAGCCGGUUAAUGAGACUGUGUCUGUGGAGAAGGAGGGCUGUCCGAGGUGCCUGGUCAUUCAGACUUCCAUCUGCAGCGGCCACUGCCUCACCAAGGAGCCGGUUUUUAAGAGCCCCCUCUCUAUGGUGUACCAGCACGUAUGUACGUAUAAGGAUGUGCGAUACGAGACGAUCCGCCUGCCCGAUUGCCCCCUGGGGGUGGACCCCCAUAUCACUUUCCCCGUGGCUCUGAGCUGUGACUGCAGCCUGUGCACCAUGGACACGUCCGACUGCACCAUUGAGAGCCUGAGGCCAGACUUCUGCAUAUCCCAGAAGGCCACUCUUCCGGCGUUCUAG